AUGGAGAAUGGAGGUGAGGACACGGAGUCUCUGUGGGAGUCAGUGGAGAGUAACCGCUACAUCUUAAGUCGCUACAUCUCGCCUGGUAAACUGACUCCCUACCUGCGCCAAUGUAAGGUUCUAGACGAACAGGACGAAGAUGAGGUCUUAAACUCACUACUACUGGUCUCUAAGGUCAACCGCACAGGUCGUCUGUUAGACAUUCUUCAUGGUAAAGGAGAGCGAGGUUAUGUGGUUUUUCUGGAGAGUCUUGAGUUCUAUUAUCCUGACCUGUACAAGCUGGUGACUGGCAAGGAGCCCACCAGACGCUUCUCCACUAUCGUUGUGGAGGAGGGUCAUGAAGGGUUAACCCAGUUCCUGAUGAAUGAAGUCAUCAAGCUUCAGCAGCAGGCCAAAGCUAAAGAUGUCCAGAGAGUUGACCUCAUUGGGAAACAGCGCACCCUGGAGGAUGAACAGAAAAAACUACGCCUGACCAACCAGGAACUAUCAGCCUUCCAGCAGAGAUACAACAAGAUGAAGGAAGAUAGGAACAACUACAAUGAUGAGCUACUGAGGGUGAAGGAUGAGAACUAUAAACUGGCCAUGCGGUAUGCAACGCUCAGCGAGGAGAAGAACAUGGCUGUGAUGAGGAGCAGGGACCUGCAGCUGGAGAUCGACCAGCUGAAACACAGACUAAACAAGCUAGAGGAAGAAUGUAAGAUGGAGAGAAAACAGAGUCUGAAACUGAAGAACGACAUCGAGAACCGACCGAGAAAAGAACAGAUCUUCGAACUGGAGAGAGAGAACGAGGUUCUGAAGAUCAAACUGCAGGAGCUGCAAUCUAUCAUACAGCCAGGGCCUCUGCCUGCGUCUGACAAGGCGAUCCUGGACAUUCUGGAACACGACCGCCAGGAGGCGUUAGAAGACAGACAAGACCUGGUCAACAGACUGUAUAACCUGCAUGAGGAGAUACGGCAGGCGGAAGAGCUACGAGACAAGUACCUUGAGGAGAAAGAGGAUCUGGAGCUCAGGAGCUCUACACUACAGAAGGACUGUGAGAUGUACAGAAACAGGAUGAACACCAUCAUUAUACAGCUGGAGGAGGUGGAGAAGGAGAGAGACCAGGCGUUCCGAGCCAGAGAUGAAGCCCAGCACCAAUUCUCUCAGGGUCUGGUCGAUAAAGACAAGUACAGGAAACAGAUCAGAGAGUUGGAGGAGAGGAGUGAUGAGCUGCACAUAGUGAUUGUUCAUAAAGAUGCUAAGAUCGUCACUUUGGAGUCCAGACUGAGACGCCUAUCGAAAGAUACUGCUAUGGACCAGAGUUUGCCCAGAGACAUCCCCCCAACUGUCAUCGCUCAGGUGAUGGGGGAGGAGCCUAAAUCUCUUGGCCAAUCAGAGGGCUCCAGUGACGAGUCGCCAGAGGAGAAGUUCUUCCUUCCAGAACCCCGCCUCAAGAGACGACCCAACCUGAAAGCAGUGAUUACCAGAGUGAAGUCUCCAGUCUCCGCCCCCAAACCUCUGGACCCACCAAUCAACACAGAGGACAGUCUCCGUGCAGCUGGUGGUGGAGCGUCUCCGGAUGUGAUGAUGUCAGAGAGUAACCUAAACCUGACCCUGAGCAGCACAUGUCCCCCCUCCCCUUCCCACUCCCCCUUCCCCAUCCGCCCCAACACAGAGCUGCCCAGCAAGACUACCAUGCUGCGCUACCGUAACGACAGCAUCAUGUCCACCAACCCCGAGCCGCCAGGAAACGCAUCACUGGUCCGUCGGACGCGAGAGGGAGAGACUGACUUCCAGCCCCGCGGCCUCUGUGACUUUGAAUAUGAGUGUGUAGACAACAUGGAUUAUGAUGAGGAAAUGGAAACACGUGGUCCUCCCUCACUCCACUCCUCCUCCUCCUCCCACCAGUCAGAAUGUUUAGAUUCCUACGACCUGGAGACCGUCAACAACAUUUUCAGGAAACUGUCCCUGGAGAGGCCUUUCCGUCCGUCUCUCUCCUCCUUCUCGAGGGUCAGCUCUUCUCUGCGGCCAGUCCAGGAGCUUUCAUUGCUAGGCGACCAACUUUUGGCUGAUGUCACGCUGGUUGGUGGUAACGACAGUGGAAUCUUUGUGUCGUCUGUCCAAUCAGAGUCCGGCGCUGAGAAGGCGGGGCUACGGGAGGGCCACCACCUCCUUUUGCUGGAGGGCUGUAUCCGCGGGGAGAACCAGAGCAUCUCGUUGGACACCUGCACCCAGGAGGAAGCCCAUUGGACGAUGCAACGUUGCUCUGGACCAAUCCAACUGCACUACCGUGCCAACUAUGAUGGGUACCGGAGGCUGCAGAGGGAUCUAUCGGAGGGAACGGUGACGUCAGGAGACUCAUUCUACAUCAGAAUCAACCUCAACAUCUCUGGCCAAUCAGACACCUGCUCCCUGAGCGUGCUUUGUGAUGAGGUGGUCCAUGUCCUGGACACGAUGCACCAGGGGAAGUGGGAGUGGCUUUGCUCCCGGGUCGAAGCCUACUCUGGAACCGACCUAUCGGAAAAAGGCAAUCCCUCUUACUCACGGGCCCAGCAGCUUCUCCUGGUAAAGAUGCAGAAGCUGGUGUGUCGAGGAGGAAGAGAGGAGAAUGACAGCCUGCGCAACUUCAAGAACAGCUUACAGCCUGAAGAGUCCAGCCUGUCCUCAGACCCCAAAUCCAGCCCUCGCAUGUCCAGAGCUAGCGUCUUCAUCACACAGAUACUACAGUUUGUCAGCAGGGUGGAUAAUAAGUAUAAGCGUAUGAACAGCAGUGAGCGUGUUCGCAUUGUGAGCUCAGGAAACCCAACGCUGCCCAGACCAGGCUUCGAAACCCUGAGACAGGAUGGAAACCCAACGCUGCCCAGACCAGGCUUUGAAACCCUGAGACAGGAUGGAAACCCAACGCUGCCCAGACCAGGCUUUGAAACCCUGAGACAGGAUGGAAACCCAACGCUGCCCAGACCAGGCUUCGAAACCCUGAGACAGGAUGACUGUGCAGACCCAUACAGUGAUGUGAGUAGGAGUGUGAACCUGGUUCCGUACAGCCUGGUCUCCCCUCAGCGGGUCCAGAGGAAGAGGCCGGUUCUGAUCAGUCCAAACAGUCUGGCCCGGACCAUUAUUCAGAAGAUACUCAACAUGGGUGGAGCCAUGGACUUCAACAUCUGCAAACCAGAUGUCCUAACUAAAGAAGAGUUCUUAAUGAGACAGAGGAUUGAACCCAUCAUCUCCUCCAGAGAGAAGACCACCAACACCUACGAGGUUGUCUCUCCUGAGAACAUAGAGGCUGUUGCUGCAAAGGGUAAACACUGUUUGAUGGAGGCUGACGUGAGCUGUGUUAAAGACCUUUUGAGGAGAGAGAUCUACCCAAUCAUCAUCCACAUCAAGAUCUGUGACAAGAACAUCAGGAAGCUAAGGAAGCUGCCCCUUCGUGUGGACAGUGAGGAGGAGUUUGUCAGAGUGUGUCGGAGCAGAGAGAGAGAGCUGGAGAGUGUUCCGUGUCUCUAUGCGUGUCUGGAGCCUGAGGAAUGGGCUGGGCCUGAUGACCUCAUCAGAGUGGUGAAAGACAGAAUCCAGGAGGAACAGAGGAAGACUGUCUGGGUGGAGCAAGACCUGCUGUAACACACACAGAUUAAUGCAUGCACACACCUCACACACACAAGGUGUGCAAGAUGGCGACGCUGGGUUAGAUGCCACAAAAUAGUUGGGAGUCCCCAGUAGGGGCUGCACACAAUUGGCCCAGCGUCGUCUUGGUUUGGCUGGGGUACGCCGUCAUUGUAAAUAGCAAUUUGUUCUUAACUGACUUGCCUAAUUAAGUAAAGGUUAAAUAAAAUACAAAAUUGUUGAGAGGUAAA